CAAUGCUAAUGAGCAGCUACUGUGAUUCAUCAGGAAUAUUUUGCGUUCACAUCGUCCUUCUCGAGCUCAGAAAGCGCCUCGUAAGCAGAAAUAGAAGCACCCGGGGAUGGAGGGAAGCGCUGUGGCCACGGAUUGAUAAACUGGGAUGGUUUUUGGCUGUUUCUGCCCCAAAACCAAUUGUUGCCGUGGCUGUGGGAUGCGGUGACACGCCAGGAGCACAGUGCUGGUGGUGGGAAUCCACCUCCAGCCUGGAGAAGAUGGAGAAAAACCCAUCCCUGGCGCUUUCCUCCAAUGGAUUUCCAGUGGGCUCGUGUGGGUGACACCCCGUUAAAGCUGUUCCUGCACCCCAACAAAUGGGGCAUCCCCUCAUGGCAGCGCCUCAAACCGCUCAGAGGAAUGUGCUUGAGGUUUUGUUACUCUUUUUCUGUUGGAAAAGAAGAAAAGGGUUAAAAAAGCCCAAACGCAAUGAGAAAUGGGGUGUGUUUGAGUGAAGGGGUGAUGCUUUGCCCCGCUGCCCGGUACCCUGCCUGGGGAUCAGGGCAGGACGCAGCUGGGACCGGGGAGGUGAAGAGAAAUACGUAUAAAAAAGGGGGUUUAUUAAAAUAUAUAUGUAAACCGACACAAGGGGUGAGGCAAAGCGCUGCUCCUUUAACCCCCCGCGCCCGGGGAAAGCGGAGCACAGCCGAACUGAGCCGGACUCAGCCGAACUGAGCCGGACUCAGCCGAACCGAGCCGGACUCAGCCGAACCGAGCCGGACUCAGCCGAACCGAGCCGAGUCGAAUCGAGCCGAGCGGAGCCGAAGUCAGCCGAACCGAACCGGACCGGACCCAGGCGAGCGGAACCGAGCCCAGCCGAACCUAACCGAACCCAGCCGAGCGGAGCCGAACGCAGCCGAGCCGUGCCCGGCCGCACCGCCCCAUACCUGCGCGGGGCGCGGCGGGGGCGGUUCUUCCUCCUCCUCCUCCUCCUGCGCGCUUCGCUGCGCCGCUCCCCUCCCUUCCCCGCGCCCCGGCCGGCGCGGCGGGUCUAAAGGUCGGUGUGUCUGUCCGGCGGUCGGUCCGGCGGCGCCGCUCGCUGCCUGCCGGCCCCAUGCCCCGCGCUUAGCGCCGCCCGCCCCGGCCAUGUCCGCCGCGCAGCUCUACACCAAGUACACCCGGGUUUGGAUUCCUGACCCCGACCAAGUUUGGAGAUCGGCAGAAAUCAUCAAGGAUUACAAAGAGGGAGAUAAAAGCCUCCAUCUGAAACUCGAAGAUGAAACUCUCUACGAAUAUCCCAUUGAUCUCCAAGGAAACGAGCUGCCUUUCCUGCGCAAUCCCGAUAUCCUGGUGGGAGAGAAUGACCUGACGGCUCUGAGCUACCUCCACGAACCCGCCGUCCUCCACAACCUCAAAGUCAGGUUCCUGGAGUCCAACCACAUCUACACGUACUGCGGUAUCGUGCUCGUUGCCAUCAAUCCCUACGAGCAGCUGCCCAUCUAUGAACAAGAUGUCAUCUACGCGUACAGCGGCCAAAACGUGGGCGAUAUGGACCCGCACAUCUUCGCCGUGGCCGAGGAGGCCUACAAGCAGAUGGCCAGGGAUGAGAAGAACCAAUCCAUCAUCGUCAGCGGGGAAUCGGGUGCGGGGAAGACGGUUUCUGCCAAAUACGCCAUGCGCUUCUUCGCAACCGUGGGCGGUUCUGCCAGCGACACCAACAUUGAAGCCAAAGUCCUUGCGUCGAGCCCAAUUAUGGAGGCGAUUGGAAACGCCAAAACAACCAGGAAUGACAACAGCAGCCGCUUUGGGAAAUACAUUCAGAUCGGCUUUGAUAAAAGAUACCACAUCAUCGGCGCCAACAUGAGGACGUAUCUGCUGGAAAAAUCCCGCGUUGUUUUCCAGGCAGAGGACGAGCGCAACUACCACAUCUUCUACCAGCUUUGCGCCUCAGCGAGUCUUCCGGAGUUCAAAGAGCUCGGCCUAACGUGCGCCGAAGACUUUUUCUACACGUCUCAGGGAGGCGACACGUCCAUCGACGGCGUGGACGACGCCGACGACCUGGAGAAAACCAGGCACGCCUUCACCCUGCUUGGUGUGAAGGAGUCUCACCAGACGACCAUUUUCCGGAUCAUCGCUGCCAUUCUGCACCUCGGCAACUUGGAAAUCCAAGGGGAACGGGACGGCGACGCCUGUAGUGUCUCGAGCGAGGACGAGCACUUGGCCAACUUUUGCGCUUUGCUGGGCCUGGAGCACGGCCAGAUGCAGCACUGGCUUUGCCAUCGCAAGCUCGUCACCACGGCCGAGACCUACGUGAAGAACAUGUCCGUGCAGCAGGUGCUCAACGCCCGCGACGCCUUGGCCAAGCACAUCUACGCUCAGCUCUUCAACUGGAUCGUGCAGCACAUCAACAAGGCCCUGCACACCACCGUCAAGCAGCACUCCUUCAUCGGCGUGCUCGAUAUCUACGGGUUUGAAACGUUUGAAGUGAACAGCUUCGAGCAGUUUUGCAUCAACUACGCCAACGAAAAGCUCCAGCAGCAGUUCAACUCGCACGUGUUUAAGCUGGAACAAGAAGAGUACAUGAAGGAGGGAAUCCCUUGGACUCUCAUCGAUUUCUACGAUAACCAGCCCUGCAUAGACCUUAUAGAGGCAAAACUUGGCAUCUUGGACCUGCUGGAUGAGGAGUGCAAGGUUCCCAAAGGCACCGACCAGAACUGGGCGCAGAAGCUCUACGACCGGCACGGCGCCUGCCAGCACUUCCAGAAACCCCGCAUGUCCAACACGUCCUUCAUCGUCCUCCACUUCGCCGACAAGGUGGAAUAUCAAAGCGAGGGAUUCCUGGAAAAAAACAGGGACACGGUGUAUGAGGAACAGAUCAACAUCCUCAAAGCCAGCAAGUAUCAAAUGGUCGCUGACUUAUUCCAAGAUGAGAAGGACGCUGCACCCGCCACUUCCGUGGCAAAGGGAACAGCCAAAAUCAGCGUCCGUUCGGCCAGACCCGCGAUCAAAGCUGCCAACAAGGAGCACAAGAAAACGGUGGGACACCAGUUCCGCAACUCGUUGCAUUUGCUCAUGGAGACUCUGAACGCCACCACCCCGCACUACGUGCGCUGCAUCAAGCCCAACGACGAGAAGCUCCCGUUUAAGUUCGAUCCCAAGAGAGCGGUUCAGCAGCUGAGAGCUUGUGGAGUACUGGAGACCAUCCGCAUCAGUGCCGCCGGCUUCCCCUCCAGGUGGUCCUACCACGACUUCUUCAAUAGGUAUCGCGUUCUGAUGAAGAAGAGAGACCUCUCGAAGAAUGACAAGAAGCAGAUCUGCCAGACCCUGUUGGAAGAUCUCAUUCAGGAUCCAGACAAGUUCCAGUUUGGACGUACCAAGAUCUUUUUCCGUGCAGGCCAAGUGGCAUAUCUGGAGAAACUGCGGGCAGAUAAGUUCAGAGCUGCCACAAUCAUGAUUCAGAAGACGGUUCGGGGUUGGCUGCAGAGGCUCAAGUACAAAAGGCUGCGCCGAGCCGCCGUCGUCAUCCAACGCUACGCGCGUGGGCACCGGGCGCGGAGACUUGCCGAGCACCUGAGGAGGACGAGAGCGGCCGUCGUCUUCCAGAAGCAGUUCCGAAUGCUGCGCGUCCUCCGAGCUUUCCGAAGCGUCCGCAACGCGACCGUCACCAUCCAGGCCUUCGCUCGGGGCAUGUUUGUCAGGAGGAUUUAUCGCAGGAUCCUGGCGGAACACAAAGCCACGAUCCUCCAGAAGUACGCCCGUGGCUGGUUGGCCCGGACUCGCUUCCGCCGGGUCAGAGGCGCCACCAUCGUUCUGCAGUGCUACUACCGGCGCAUGAAGGCCAGGCAGGAGCUGAAGGCGCUGAAGAUCGAGGCCCGCUCAGCGCAGCACCUGAAGAAACUCAACAUCGGGAUGGAGAACAAGGUGGUCCAGCUUCAAAGGAAGAUCGAUGAGCAGAACAAGGAAUACAAACUUCUGAGCGAGCAGCUCUCCCUGCUCACGUCAACACACUCGUCCGAGGUGGAAAAACUGAAGAAGGAGCUGGUGCAAUAUGAGCGGAACCAGCGUGGUGACGACAACCAGCUCGCAAGCCUCCAGGGGGAGAUGGAGCAGCUGCGGCUGGAGCUCCAAAAAGCCCACGGGGAGAGGAAGGUGGUGGAGGACACCUACGCCAAGGAGAAGGGUUUGCUGAGGAAGCGAAUAUCUGACUUGGAAGAAGAAAACGCGCUCCUGAAGCAGGAAAAAGAGGAGCUUAACAGCAGGAUUCGGUGUCAAUCUGAAGAUGAAUUUGCCCAAAAUACAGUUGAGGAAAAUAUCCAGAUGAAAAAAGAGCUGGAAGAAGAAAGAUCUCGAUAUCAGAACCUGGUCAAAGAAUAUUCGAGGCUGGAACAGAGAUACGACAACUUGCGGGAUGAAAUGACAAUGAUGAAGCAAACCCCGGGACACAGGAGAAACCCGUCCAACCAGAGCAGUUUGGAGUCCGAUUCCAAUUAUCCGUCCAUAUCGACCUCGGAGAUCGGGGACACUGAGGACGUCGUGCAGCAAGUGGAGGAGGUCGGGACGGACAAAGCAGCCAUGGACAUGACCCUUUUCCUAAAGCUCCAGAAACGGGUGAGGGAGCUCGAGCAGGAGAGGAAGAAGCUGCAAAACCAACUGGAGAAAAAGGAGCAAGAGAGCAAGAAAUCCCAGGUCAUCGAAACGAAGCCUGAAGUGGCUUCGGACCACGAGGAUUCUGCAUACAACAGUCUGAAGAGGCAAGAGCUGGAGUCGGAGAACAAGAAGCUGAAAAACGAAUUAAAUGAGCUGCGCAAGGUUAUCGCGGAGCGAGCAACCCACAACAACUCGGCCAACGAUGGCCAGGAGAGUUACAACCUCUUGCUGAACCAGCUGAAAUCGGCCAAUGAGGAGCUGGAGGUGCGGAAGGAAGAAGUGCUCAUCCUAAGGACGCAGAUUAUGAAGGCGGCCCAGCAAAAAGAGACGGGGAAAAACACGGAGAACAUCACCAGCAACGCCAGCUGGCCCAACAGCGACAAGCACAUCGACCAGGAGGACGCGAUCGAAGCUUAUCAGGGGAUGUGCGAGACAAACCGCAAGACUGAGGACUGGGGGUAUCUCAAUGAAGAUGGAGAGCUCGGCUUGGCUUAUCAAGGUUUAAAGCAAGUUGCCAGGUUGCUGGAAGCGCAGCUCCAGGAGCAGAGACGAGAGCACGAAGAGGAGGUGGAAGCUCUGAAAAACGAGGUGGACGCCAUGAGAGAAGAGUUGGAAAAACAGCAACAGGCUUUUCUGCAGAGCCUGCAGCUCUCGCCGGAGGCCCAGGUGGAGUUUGGACUUCAGCAAGAAAUUACACGGCUCACCAAUGAAAAUCUGGAUCUCAAAGAAUUGCUUGAGAAGUUGGAGAAGAACGAGAGGAAACUCAAGAAGCAACUCAAGAUUUACAUGAAGAAGGUCCAAGAUUUUGAAGCGUCCCAAGCUGCGCUACCGGCCGAGAGGAGGCGGAACGAGCGGAACAUGCACGUUGCCGUCCAGAGGAAGGAGAAGGAUUUUCAGGGCAUGUUGGAAUAUUAUAAAGAAGACGAGCCGCUUCUCAUCCGAAACCUCAUAACAGAUCUCAAGCCUCAGGCCGUGUCUGCGACCGUCCCCUGCCUUCCCGCCUACAUCCUCUACAUGUGCAUCCGACACGCGGAUUAUAUCAAUGACGACCAGAAAGUCCACUCCUUGCUCACCUCCACCAUCAACGGCGUCAAGAAAGUGCUGAAGAAACACAGCGAUGAUUUUGAGAUGACGUCGUUCUGGCUGGCAAAUACGUGUCGCCUCCUGCACUGUUUGAAGCAGUACAGCGGAGACGCGGGGUUUAUGACGCAGAACACGCCGAAGCAGAACGAGCACUGUCUGAAGAACUUCGACCUGACCGAGUAUCGCCAGGUGCUGAGCCACCUCUCCAUCCAGAUCUACCAGCAGCUCAUCAAGGUGGCCGAGGGCAUCCUCCAACCCAUGAUCGUGUCUGCGGUGCUGGAAAACGAAAGCAUCCAGGGGCUUUCUGGUGUCAAACCCAUGGGCUACAGGAAUCGCUCCUCCAGCGUGGAAGACGGUGACAGCUACAGCUUAGACGCGCUAAUUCGCCAGCUGAACACGUUCCACGGCGUCAUGAGCGACCAGGGUCUGGACCCGGAGAUCGUGCAGCAGGUUUUCAAGCAGCUCUUCUACAUGAUCAACGCGGUCGCCCUGAAUAAUCUCCUGCUCAGGAAGGACGUUUGCUCGUGGAGCACGGGCAUGCAGCUCAGGUUUAACAUCAGCCAGCUGGAGGAAUGGCUGCACGGGAAGAACCUGCAGCAGAGCGGAGCGGCACAGACUUUGGAGCCCUUGAUCCAAGCGGCGCAGCUGCUGCAGCUCAAAAAGAAAACGUCGGAAGACGCCGAGGCCAUUUGCUCCUUGUGCACGUCGCUCACCACGCAGCAGAUUGUAAAGAUACUUAAUCUCUACACUCCCGUGAACGAGUUUGAAGAACGUGUGACUGUAGCUUUCAUACGGGACAUCCAGACGCACUUGCAGGAGCGAAACGACCCUCCGCAGCUGCUCUUGGACUUCAAGCACAUGUUCCCGGUUUUGUUCCCCUUCAACCCCUCCUCCAUAACCAUGGACUCCAUUCACAUCCCCGCUUCGCUCAACUUGGAAUUUCUCCAGAAAGUCUGAAGGAAAUGGAGUUAAGCUCAGCCUUCCUUACCCAGAGACCUCCAGCGAAGACACAAAAAUCACUAAAAGGAAUUUAAGGAGCUCUUUUAAGGUUUAAAAGAACCACCGAUCCCCAGUAAUAAAUGGAUGUUAAACUGUACAGUAAAAAAAAGAGACUGAUCUCUAUGUGAUUCUUUAUUCUUUUGGGGGGUAAUUUGCAGCUCAGAAUAAUAAUACUUGAAAUGUAGAUUUGUUUUUUACUUCUUGAUUUUAUGUUGAUACAGUUCAGAGCCCCAAAGCCACUAACAAAAAAGAACGAUGAGCGGGAGCCGACUCACUUUGAUCUUCCCAGGUGUCGAUGAAGAAAUGGCAGUUAAACCCAAAAUCUGAGACACUUUUGCUGCCUUGAGGGACGUGUGAAUUGUCUAAUACUGAGGUGGUUUUGUCUGUAUUAAUAACGGGCUAUUCAGUUCUGCCUCUUGUUGCUAAGAACUAUCACGAUAGCGAGUUAGAAACUAGAUUGCAGAAGGUGCGAUACGUAUUUAUCAAGCUGGGCUUGGAUGCCACGACGUGGAAUUUAUCCCAAAUCUGAGAUUUGAAAAAUCCGGUUGCUCCCCUAUGUACGUCCAGCUUGGACUUAAUUCCGUUAUCAAGUGACUCACAAAGGUUUAGUCCUGGUGAAAUAAUCUUGAGACAAGGGACAACUUUAGGCCUCCUGCUUCUAGGAUAGACGAGCAUCAUCCUAAUCCCUGCUCUUGGCUUUUCCUCUGCUUUUAAAAGUCAAAAGCUUUGAUGCAGCGGCCGUCGAGGUUCCGAAUCUCACGCGUAGAUAAGAUGUGCAAAACCAACCCGGUUUAAUAAUUGCUGCUGUUUCUCUUGGGUGGGUUAGUCCUAGCCUUAGCAGUCCAUGGCAAAAUUGUAUUUAGUUCAACAGCCAUCUGAAAUUUUAAUAGUCGUGCAAAUACCGGGCUUAGAAAAAUGAAGAAGAAAAGCAAAUGAAGCCAUGAAAUGCUUUAAUCCAAAAUUGCAACGUAGUAGUUUAAACCAUUGAGGAGUCAAGACGAACUCUUUGUCUUGCAACCAAUUCCAAUCCUGUUCCAAUUUUUAAUCUAACGUAUUAAUUAAAACAAACCAACCUCCUCAGAGGAUUAAAAUGGGACGUCGCUUAAGAACACACAAAAUCCCACCACGCUGCAGCCGCCUUUUGAGAUACAGCGCGUUUUGAUUUCAACAUCGUGUAUGUAAUCUAUGUAUAUACAAACUGUAAGAGUCCUGUAUGUACUAUAUAUGUAUAUUACGAGCCAAAAGAAGCACAUUUUUAAAGAAAUGGAGUGCUGUGAAGAAACCUAUUGGUGGGUAAAUCCCGUGUUUCGAAUGGUUUAGUCCCAGCCUAAGGCCAGACUUAAAAGUUAUUUUCCUCUAAUCAUCACCCAAUUAAUUAUAGACUAAAAUGUAUUGCUUGUAUAGUACCAGCGCUACCUCUAAACCAUCAUCGCCAAGCAUUUGCGUCUACUGGGUAUAUACAGUAGUGCCUUUCUAUACAAUAAUGAUAAUUUAUGCCCUCUCCCAUCACCUCCUCUGCAAUAGUUUAAUUUAUUGGACCUACCUCUUCUGACUUUUUGCAAACAGAUGUUUUUGCAAUGCUCUGAAUUUUAUUUUAUCCCUUUUUUUCCCCCCCAAUGCACCACAGUUUAAAUAAUAAUAAAAAUAAAGCAGAAUUUCAAACAAUAUAGAUCCUAAAACAAUCCAGAGCACGUAGUCCCCAAUGAAUAUAUAAUUUCCUUUAAAAUAUAAAAGCCAGUGGACAAAGGCUUUAGAAUUAUGUUGAAAUAAGAAAAAUGUGCUAUUAUAGCGCAAUGUCUGUUUGUUUAGGGAUUUUCGGGGGGGAUGUGGAGCUUAAUUACCUUAAAAAGCAGAAGGUAAAGCUGCUCUUAACGGAGUUAAAUGAUAUACAGGAGAUACUGUAGAUGAAAUAUUGCUUAUAAAAUAUCUUUCCAUUUGGAACAAAUCUGUAAACUACACUUCUGUUUAUAGGAAAACGCUUGUAAUAGUCACUGUAAUAUUCAGCUGUGGAUACAAAAAAUGUGAAAUAAACACUUUGGAAGAAAUCGUGA